AUGAGAUUCGGCACGUUUCCCGACCCGGCGAGACAGGAGAGGCGAAACGCUGUCUUGAAUCUCGACAGGCGGAGUAGUCAGUUGCUGUGUGGCCUUUAUGAUAAAGAAAAGGAGCGCCGCUCGUCUCUCGGUGGCCGUCCGACCUCGUCAGCGCUGGACCAAAAGAUCAAGAGUCCCGUCUCUGGAGCGAGGUAUCCCGUCAUCAUGUCCACCACCGUCGAGCAACAGCCAGAGGUCCACCUUGUGCCGGGAGAGAUGCGGUACAAGCCCAGAUCCCGGACGAACGCCCACGGCUCAACCCCAAGCCCGCCUUCAGGGCCGGGAGAAUUGUAUCCGACAUACUUCCACUCCCGCCGCAUCAAGAAGGGGUCGGUGGAGAAGCCAUGGUUGGAGAACAAGGAUCCGCAGGAUAAAUGGGACACGAUCAUUCCCGCCUGCGGGCUUGUCAUUGGGUUGAUGAUUAUGGCGACCCUGAUUUAUUUGGGGUACACCAAGGUGACGCACCAUGAGUAUUGUCCGGUGUUGAUGGAUGAUUUCUCGAAGGGGCUGGAUGGUGAUGUGUGGGCGAAGGAGGUCGAGGUUGGUGGAUAUGGCAACGGCCAGUUCGAAAUGACGACCAACACCGACGAGAACGUCUUCGUCGAAAAUGGCAUGCUAGUCAUCAAACCCACCCUCCAAGACCCCGAGCUUAUGACCACGAACAACGUGAUCAACCUCACCCGCUCCGGCCUCUGCACCACGACCGGCUGGUCCAACUGCAUCACCUCCACCAACACCACCAACGGCACCGUCGUCAACCCCGUCAAAUCCGGCCGCAUCAACACCAAGAAAUCCGCCUCGAUCCAGUACGGCAAAGUCGAAGUCGUCGCCAAACUCCCCAUCGGCGACUGGAUCUGGCCCGCCAUCUGGAUGCUGCCGGUGAAAGACACCUACGGCCCUUGGCCUACUUCGGGAGAAAUCGACAUUAUGGAGUCCCGCGGCAACAACUACUCCUACCCGGAAGGCGGCAACAACAUCGUCUCCUCCACGCUCCACUGGGGGCCAGAUAGCGACAAUGACGCCUGGUGGCGCAACAACAACAAGAAGAAAGCCCUGCACGCCGCGUGGGGCGACGCCUUCCACACGUACGGCCUGGAGUGGAGCGAGAAGUACCUCUUCACCUACAUCGACUCCACGCUUAUGCAGGUCAUGUACUCAGACUUCAACCAGCCGUUCUGGCAAAAAGGGCAUUUCCCCGAGGCCAACGACAACGGGACGACGUUUGUGGAUCCCUGGAGCCAGACGGCGAGGGAUAGCACGCCGUUCGAUCAGGACUUUUACCUGGUGUUGAAUGUGGCGGUCGGGGGCACGAACGGGUGGUUCCAGGACGCCGAGGCCGGGAAGCCGUGGGUGGAUGCUAGUCCGAGUGCGAAGAGGGAUUUUUGGCUGGCGAGGGAGCAGUGGUUGCCGACGUGGAAGGAGGGCGGGGGGAGGAUGGAGGUGAGGAGUGUGAAGAUGUGGCAGCAGAAGGGGUGGAAUGGGUGCUGA